AAUGGUACGUACCCUCCAUGUGUUUAAUUUCUUGGUAUCAUAUGUUUUCGAAAAAUUAGUAAAUAUAGUAAGUUUGAUAUAUUUUCUUGCAGUUUUUGUAGAUUAAUAUAUUUGAUAUAUUUACUAGGAUAGAGUAAAGUUAAUAUAUUUGAUACUACAUUAUAUCCCAAGGAUAUUCGGACUUAAGAUUUUAUCAUCGGUCUCCAUUAGGGUUUUACGGUUUUAGAGGGGGAUUGAUCAGCGGAUAGUCUCUCUAGUUUCCUUCAAAUACUAGCUAGAGAUUGUUUCAUAUUUCUUGCAGUUUUUUUCUUGCUUCUUCAAUCGAUAAUGGCAUCAAAGAUAGUUAAGCUUUCUUCUCAAUCUUCUAAAUUCGAUUGGGAGAUUGAAAACUUUUCCAACUUGAACCUUAAAAAUGGAACUUAUGAUAGUUCUGAUGUUUUCUCUGUUUGUAGUUUCAAAUGGUAAGUACCCUUCCGUUUCUUUGUUUUACAGUAUGUUUUUGAUUAAUUAAUCCUCAAAGUUUUCACAAAGCACGGAUCUAUCCAAAGGGAUGCGGCGGGGAAGCGCAUGGCCACAUAUCGCUGUUCCUUAGGCCUGUCGACUUGACAAGAUCGGUGGAAACGGAGAUUAGUUUCGCAGUUACUAGUUAAACCGACAGCAAGAACACAGUUAGAUGAAGUGACAAAAAAACUUCCAUGAGAUAGGAAAAGCCAGCUGGGGUUGGCCAAAGUUUAUGCGUCUAAGCGAACUCCACGACCAUGAUAAAGGAUAUCUCGUCUAAGCCAGCUGAGGUUACUUGUACAGCGAAGGAGCAGUCAAGUGAUGAUGAAGACGUGAAUGAGGGCAACCAAAGCAAGGUUGAAAAAAUAGAAAAUGGGAAAGGAACCAAAGAAAUAGAUGAAAAGAGUAGUUCAGAAUCAGGAGAAUAUCCUGGUGCAGGACAACCCUUUGGGGAAGGGAGACAGAGCAACAAAGUUGGUUUUUGCGAUGAAGAAGAAUAUGAAGAUGUGGGUGGUUUCAGCAUUUUGAAAGCACAAGCGCCCCUGUACAAACAAAUAUGGUUGAAGUAUGGACAUAUUCCAUCUGCAGAAGUUUUACCAAUCUCGUCGUAUCCUAUUCUUGUUAUGGCGGUUAAGGACUUGAUGACUUCUACCGUAGAUAUGUAUCAAUGCCGUUAUGUGGAUUUGUCUUCUGAAACGAUCAAUAGCUGGGAAGAUAAGAUUAAAAUGGUUGAGAAACUUGAAUUUAAUGUUAAGACUGAACUAUUAGAGCAUUGGCAGCCUUUGCGUGCCGCCGUAGAAAAAUUGCAGAUACUCAGAGAUGUAAAGGGUAGAGCUUCAGCUGAUUGAGGCGAAGGGUUAUGUGCGAGAGAAUACAUGUGGAUUACUCUCUGAAUCAUAUAUGGAAAUGUAUCUAGAAAUAGGCGAGAAUUUAGUGCUUGAUGGAUUGUUUUAGAAAGUAUCAGAUGUCGCGGACUGCAUCUUCUGCAGCCAUGAUAGGUUAAAUUCAAUUAAACUCUUCACCCCGCCCGGUGAACCUUCAAGUUCACGGAUCAAAUCAAGCACAAAUUCAAUCUUAUUCUCA